CCAACAUCAAACCUGUGAUCUUCCACACCGACUCCACUCGGCCGAGAAGCAACUGUCAGCCUUUGCUACUGCACUCCAGAUGCGGUGCCUCGAAGGACAUCUUCCUAGCCUCCUCUCGUCCUUUGCGGCACCUCCAGGAGCUGGCGGGUAUUCAGAUCCCUACGCAGGCGGUGGUUACGGUGGCGGCGGCGGCUAUGACGCUGGCGGCCACGGCGGAGGCCAUGGCUACGGUGGUGGCUACGACCAGGGCUACGGUGGCUACGACCAGGGCUACGGGGGCUACGACCAGGGCUACGGGGGCUACGACCAGGGCUAUGGCGGCUACGACCAGGGCUAUGGCGACCCAUACGGACCGCCACCAGAGGACGAGUUCGCAGGCGGUGAGUACCACGACGAGGCUUCCGCGGAAGAUCGCGGCUACGGCGGCGCGGAAGGCCGCGUGGUCGAGGGAGAAGAGCCGGCGAAUUCGGAGUACGGCGCCGUGGAUAUGCGCCUGGGCAAGGGCCAGGACCCUGCGCUAGGCCCUGACAUCGUGGAUGGCCUGAGGGAGGUCCACGACAAGAUCAAGGAUGUUCGGGAGGCGCUGAACAUCUACCGCAUCGUGAAGGCCGACGGCAGCCGAGCCAUGCAGCAGCUAGAGAGGAUGCCUCGCCAAAUGCCGGGGGGGGUGCCAUGGGCUUCAGCGCUGGACCUGGAGCACAUCGUUGAGAAGACCAAGUACAUCCCAGCCGCAGACUUCGACAACCUCAUCAGCGGGAUGCACUUGAGCCUGGAUGACACCUUGCGGAACUACCUCAUGAAGAAAGCUGCCGCCCAUGAGGCGGCGCGGGAAUCCAUGGCGGAGGCAGCGGAGGCGGCCCGCGAUGCCGCCGACCUGAUCCGCGGCGCCAACCCGGAUGCCGUGCCUCCGGCGGAGGAGGAGCCCAUGCCCAUGCCAGAGGAGCUACCGCCGAUGGAAGAGGGCUAUGACGGCUAUGAGGGCGGCGAGGGCGACUACGAUGCCGGCCUCGGGGCUGGCAAGGCAGAGGAGCUGAGUGAAGAGUUGGGCAUCGAGGUGCCCCCUGGCGCCAAGUUGGAAGAUUUGCCUGCCCUCAAUGACGUCGCCGAGCUCGAUCACGAGGGCGUUGACUUGGAGAAGGAAAGAGAAAUGCUGUACUCCGACGACAUCAACAAGGAGGUCUCAAAAAUCAGCUGCGUGCCGGUGGAGUUCGCUCUGUUGCAGGGAACCUUCCCUUUGCACCGCGGGCGAAGGCGGCAGGACGCUUUUCACCGGUUCCUGACAAUGGUACAUUGAUCCAUGACGAAUCCUG